AUGGGCACCACCAACCAAGAGUCCACGUCGACUCACAGCCUUCGCCGUACCGGUACCUCCGGCCAGCCAAUACUGAAGGGCAUAAUCAUUGAACUCCCGGGUCACGAAUUCAUAACAGCAACCAUGGUGGAGAAGUCCGGGAUCCAAGAAAUGUCGUUUGCAUAUCCCGAUGCCGACUAUCCUUCGGUGAUUAUUCUAAUCUCGAACUCGACCAAGGCGGAAGAAAUGGCACAGCGGGCAAACGACUACAUCUGCACCUCGGACAGAGAAGCCAACAUUGUGAUUGUAUUCAUGACCGUGACCGGGGGUGAUAAGUGGGAGGCUGCAAAGGAGGACAAGACGGCGACAUUCACUAUCUGGAAACGAGAGAGGCUUCUUCAAGAUGGAAAGGAAACGAUCUGUGCGGUUCGCACUGAACACGAGAUAUUCCGAAACAAGGACGGCAGCCCCAACAUGGAUGCUAAGAUUACCUUCUUGCUACGCGACUUCGCGCCUCAGGCCCUUGUUGAUCGUUACCCGCGCCUUGGAAACAGUGUCAGAGAUAUUCCAUUUCCUGCCCAACUCCUUUGUGGAAUCCUUAAGGAAGCUGAGCUGAAUCCGAGAGGAAUCAUGAUUUCGCUGGACCUCUGGAGGAUGCUACACCGACUCUGA